AAGCUAACGUUGAAGUCUAACGUCCACUACCGCCACCCGCACCAGUUUAUAAUUGAUGGAUGCGCGUUUUCCACGUCGCAAAAUCGUCGUUUUGGCAAACGCAGGACACGGACCGCUUAAGCGCCUGUUUUUUUUUUGCAUUCGGAAAUUCCCACCAAACCAACGAAGAGCCAUCCGGACUGGAUCGUACACCACCGAAUUCCAAUGACGACAGCGAGAGUGUGAUCCUCCGUCAGUUUUUCGGAAGGCGGUUUUGCUGGCCCAGAGGCUAGGUUUUGGAUGUUGCCAAACCGAUAAUGACCGUGAGGUCUGGCUGACGACGACGAUGAUGAUGCUGGAACGAUGUUUGCGAUGAUCGUAAUGGAAGCUGCAGAUCACGCUGACCAUAAUAAUGAUGGCCGUGCAUAUGAAUAACUAGGAAUAAGGGAGCUCUCGUGUGUUCCACAGUUCCUGAGAAGAGAUCAUCGUGAUUAUUGUUGUGUUGUCUGUGUGUGUUUUUUGUUGUUGUGAAACAGUGGAUUCAUUUAAUUUGCCGUCCUUAGAAGAGGAAAAAAGAACUUAGGAUCUUCUCUGCACACGCAAACAAACUCAUCAAAGACGCACGAUCAUUUCAAGAAACAACAAAAAACGAUCACCAACGUCCUAAUCCUAAUGCCCGCACAAGAGAUACAGUGAGUGAGCCGAAAACUGGAGAUUCCGAAACGGUUGGUGGUCUCCCAUUAUUAGGUCAAAGUGUAUGAAAAAAAACGGACAAUCCAGCAUUGCCAAGUCAUCCCUCCGAAUGUGCCAGCGUGCGUACCGUGUUGUCUGAUCCGCGUGCCCGUUUGUUGCGGCAACAGUUUAGUGCCUAAAAACGAUCGACUCGUGUGCGUGUGCGUGCUUGUGUGUACAAAUUAAGAAGUGGCAUUAGCUUUAAGACGUUGUAAUCUAGCUUCAGUUUAACCGUUGUGGCUUGGAUCAUCUUCAAUCUUUCUCCCUGUACACCGCAUUUCAACAUCCACAGUCACCAUGUUGAAGAACAUUCACGAGCGUACCGUGAAGAAGGUAAAGGGUAACCACUAUGUGGCAACGCACGGUCGCGAUACGGUAGAUCUGCCGUACGCGCAGGCCAACCGGGGCUACUCGACCGAUGGCGAGGAUAGCCAGCGGGCCCCCUCGGAGCGCACGCUGUCCGAGUAUACGGUGGCGAACGAGCGAGCCACACCACCGACUGCGCCGGCCCGCAAAUCACGCCCCGAGCACAAGUACCAGAACAAUGGUGGCCCGCGGCCGCUCUCUAGUCCACCGACGCGCGCCCCACCGAGGGCACCGUCCGCGCUCAGCUACGAUCAUGGUGGUGAAACGGGCAGCGAUAUCUACGUCACAUCCGCGGCCUACAAGGCACCGUCGGAAAUAAGUCGUUACAGUGCCCACCGGACGCAUCAAUCCCGCGGACCGCGCAGUGUGUACAGUGUUGCCAGCACGGCCAAAACGGGUCGCAGUUCGCGGCGUCACGGUGCCAAGGUAGAGGCCAUGUCCGCCCCGAACCCGUUCUGCCCCAACGUGAAGGGUGUUUGCUGUCUGAUGCUGCUGCUAAACCUUGGCCUAAUCCUGAUCACACUCGGCUUUGUCAUAGUGAUGCAGUUCAUGGAGCCACUGUUUGUUUGGAUCCUGGGCGUGGUGUUCCUUAUCUUCGGCUUCGGCACACUGAUCGGCAGCAUGAUCUACUGCGUGAUCGUGUGCCGGGAUGCGAAGACACCGUCCCAGCUGAAGAACGAGGACCUCUACUGGACGAAGCAUUGGCAGAAGAGCAUCGGCUACACGCCGCAGGAGAUCGACUACAAGACGGAUCGGUUCGACGAGCGCGAUCGAUACUCGGACCGGUUUUCCGUUAGCAAAAUGAGCGGCAAAUACUCCGAUCGCGACAUUACACGGUAUUGAGGAGUGUCACGUUAUUACGAUUGUUCAGCAGUCCAGAGAGAUGUAAAGGGGGGGGGCCUUACGUUUUAUCAUCGUGAAAGGAUUUUUAAUGCAAAAGAAUUACAAUUUAAUGCUUGUUGUACUAGACAGGUGCCAAACACCUUGAACCAGCAGUGAGAGUUACUUUUACACGCAUUAAUGCUAACUUAUAUCGGAGGGAAUUGGUCCCCCCCCCCCUAGAGUCUUUAUCCUUUCACAGCCGUCCAACCCGCUGCAAAACCAAGUUACUAACCAUUUAAAUUAAAUGAUUUCGCAACGAUUUUGUCACACCACCGCCUGUGUGGUACGUGUGUUUAGGUGUCUCGCGGAAGAAGAUUAAACGGAACGAACGAAAGUAUAACUUUAACUAGUUGGUAGGGAAUUUUAACUUGAAGCAAUAAUCGUAACCUGAUUAGAAGCAUAGAAACCAACACAAUCCAGUUAAGUUGACGGUUGAUAAUGAUAACUAUAAUAAAAAUAAAGGUAAUCGAUUAAACGGCCAAUUAUAACGAACGAAUGAAUCCGUCCUCUGCGGUCCUUUUUAAAAAAAAAUCACUCUGUAAAUAAUCCAACUUUAAUUUAAUGUAAUAAAGGAAUGAAUGUUUUUUUUUAAUAUCAUC